AUGGACGACCCGAUCAAAACACGACUUUGUUUAUUUACUACUGCUAAAGACAAGUUCAAGGAUGAUAUCUUUGAAGCCAUUCUUGCAACAGGAUUCCUGUGCAACUGUGAUCGAACGAGAACAGCUCCUCUGAUGCUGGAUCUUCAGACAAACUACUGCAGGGAAGUGGAUUAUUAUCCAAAGUUGGUCAGCAAAGCACAAGAUAUGUUGAAGAUUCACAUGGAUGUGAUCAAGAAUCCGGGAGUGAACAUUUACCAAGGAAAAGACCAGCCAAAUAAAGGUAAAAGUAAACCAAAGGACGAUAAGAAAAAGGCAGCAUGUUAUGUAUGUGGCAAAGAGGACCAUAUGUCUCCAAAAUGCCCAGACAGACUGCUAGCAGAGAUUCAAUGGAAGCAUCCAAAACACUAUGUUGAUUACGGGAAGAAGCUCAAUCUUAAUCGGAUUGGAGCAACUGUCCCAGCUACAGUUCCUGGAACUUCUCCAGCGACAAGUGUUAUCACUGGUGCAACAUCAAGUGUUGCGGGAAGUUUUAACACACCUUUGCAAAUUGCUGGUACUACAGGUAAUCAAAUGAUGCAAGUUCCUUCGGGAAUGCAGCUCAUGCAGAUUCCAACUCAAGGUGGCGGCACUGUGACUGUCCCUUACUCAAUGAAUGCUAAUGGUGAGAUUGCGUUCAGUGGAAUGCAACUCAGCCAACAAGGCUUCAGUGGUGCUCAAGUGCGCCAAGGAUUCAAUGCAACUCAAGCUCGAACUCCCCAGGUUGUGAAGACUGGCUAUUAUGAUAUGUCAAAUGUCUUUCAGGAUGCUAUCAAGGGAAAGGAUGAGAAUGGCAAUGAUGUCUAUCUUAUUCCAUGUCCUACUGGAACAACUAACGUCGAACUUCAAUCUAACUGGCACUAUGCUAGUGAAAGUGAAGACUUGCCAGAUCUUACUACUGAAGCAAAUUGA